AGGAGCAAUAUUAGUUUUUGUUUCCCAAUUUUAACUACAUCGAGUGUUCUUCAUUUUUGGUCUUAAUUUUCUGAUUGAGCUUAAAUUCAAAUAAUUUAUAAAUCAAAUAUUGAAUUUAUCAUGUCUCUAAUUGAGGAUUGUGAACGUUAUUUUCUCUCAAAAUCUUUAUAUGAUGUUCUUUCAGUAGAAAAUACUGCGACAGCAGAGCAAUUAAAACAGGCUUAUAAGAAGAUGUCGCUUCUUGUUCAUCCAGAUAAAGCUGUUGAGCACAACAGAGAAGAAUGUACUCGUAAAUUUCAAAUUUUAUCUAAAGUGCAUAGCAUUUUGUCUGAUUCUGAGAAACGUCAACUUUAUGAUGAAACAGGUAUUGUUGAAGAUGAAAAUAAUGCAUCCAUGGAUGAUGCAAGCCCAGAAUUUUGGGAAAAUUACUGGAGAGCUUUAUUUCCUAGAAUAACUAUUAGUGCUAUAGAGAAGUUUUUGGCUAAUUAUAAAGGUUCUGAUGAAGAAAAGGAAGAUCUCAAAAAUGCAUACAUGAAGGCUAAAGGUGACAUGGAUAAAAUUAGUGAGAUAUUUAUUGGAUAUACCAUAGAAGAGGAAGACAGACUAUGUAUGAUCUUAAAGGAAAUGAUUAAGCAAAAGGAAGUUCCAUCAUAUCCAAAAUUCAAGAAUGAGUCACCUACCAAAAAGGCAGCUAGGAAGAAAAGACAUACAAAAGAAACUGCUGAAGCAGGGGAAGUAAUGAGGUCUCUUGCUACAAGUAUUCAAGAAAGGAAGGUUGAAAGAGAACGUGGAUUUAAUGACAUGAUUGCUAGGUUGGAAGCUAAAUAUGCGAAAAAAGAUACUGGAAGAAAGAAAAUGAAAAAUUAAACAUUCCUUCUCUUUUCGUAUUUAUAUAAUUUUUCUUAGUGAAAGUAAUGCUUGUAUAUAUUUAAUUUGUGUUUGCUACACUCAUUUCAGAUUAUUUCCAUGUCGUUCUUAUGUAUAAUAUUUUUUAGGAUGGUUCUUGAUAUGUUUUUAGAAGUUUUCUCUGCAAAACAGUGAAUAAAUUCAUCACUUUUAUCAAAUAUCAA